AUGCGUGCCACGCCGGCCUCGGACGCGCCCGCGGCCGAGCGGCUUCAACCCGGGGACCCCGGCACCCCGCGGCAGGUGCGCAGGAGCGCCGUGGAGAGGCUGGCGGCCGACCGCGCCAAGUACGUGCGCGGGCUCCCGGCUGCCCAGGGCGGCGGCGCGAGCGCGGCGGCCGCCCAAGAGAGCGCCCCGGACGCCCCGGCCCGCGCGCAGGCCCCGGUGGUGCGCAGGGUGAUCGCGCGGAGGCCUCUGCGGCCGGACUCGCUAGUCAUCUACCGGCAGAAGUGUGAGUUCGUACGGACGCCGGGCACCGACGGCUCCAAGGGGAGCCUUGGGAAGAAGCUUUUGCCCGUGCAGGGCAAGGACAGGGUUCCGGCGCCCUCGGACACGCAGGGUGUGGGCGAGGAGAGCGGCUACCGGGGCCGGGACGUAGGGACGGCGCCCAUGCGCCAGGGUCUUGCCGAGAGUCUCGCACCUUCAGCCUCCAGCGCGCCCCCCGCGGCGCACCCAGCCCCUAGCGCGCCCUCCGCGGCGCCCCGAACCUCCAGCGCGCCCUCCGCGGCGCCCCUAGCCUCCAGCGCGCCCCCCGCGGCGCACCCAGCCCCUAGCGCGCCCUCCGCGGCGCCCCGAACCUCCAGCGCGCCCCCCGCGGCGCACCCAGCCCCUAGCGCGCCCUCCGCGGCGCCCCGAACCUCCAGCGCGCCCCCCGCGGCGCCCCUAGCCUCCAGCGCGCCCCCCGCGGCGCCCCCAGCCUCCAGCGUGCCCUCCGCGGCGCCCCGAACCUCCAGCGCGCCCUCCGCGGCGCCCCGAACCUCCAGCGCGGCGUCCCAGAGCGUCGCGCCUGUGCCUCCUGGCCUGGAGCUGCGGGUGGCUCGGCGCCGGGGGCUGCAGCGCUCGCAGUCCGACCUGAGCUCGCUUUCCUCCACGGCCAAGGCCGAGUGCGAUGCGUUUUUCCAAUACUGUGGGCUGGACCCCGACGUCGUGGAGGCGCUCGGCCGGGAGAACUUCUCGGCCAGCUCGGACUGCGUGGCUCUCAAAGUCCGCAGUGUAAGCGUGGCCACCUCCGACAGUGGCUUCUCCCGGCGUAGCGACGACGACGGCGAGGACGGGCUGUCGGGAGCACUCAAGGAGCAGGGUCCAAGUGCCACAUCGGUCAUUGAGAGGAACGCGCGCAUCAUCAAGUGGCUGUACACCUGCCGGAAGGCCCGGGAGGGCCCCGGCCAGCGGCUGCAGGGGCCUGCGUGA